CGGGGGCGGGAUCGGGGCGGGGCGGAGGCAUCUCCCUCCCAGCACAGCCCCCUUAGCUGCCCCGAGCCCUGCCUGCGCCCGCCCCCGAAGCGGCGCGGGACGCCUGGCGCCGUCCGCGAUCCGCAGGGCUGCCCGCUUAGGCUUAGGCCCGGCCCGCUGGCAAAGCCGAGCCGCAGCAUUUUAUUUCGUUCGUGGUUUCCGCACAGGCUGGAGUUUCGUGGGUUGGGUCGUACUUGGGACCUCGGCGAAGAGGACCCGUUUAUUUUUUUUUUUCUUUCCAAAAUGGCAGCCUCCAGUCGCGCACAAGUGUUAGCUCUGUACCGGGCGAUGCUGAGAGAGAGCAAGCGUUUCAGCGCCUACAAUUACAGAACAUAUGCUGUCAGGAGGAUAAGAGAUGCCUUCAGAGAAAAUAAAAAUGUAAAGGAUCCUGUAGAAAUUCAAACACUAGUGAAUAAAGCCAAGAGAGACCUUGGAGUAAUUCGUCGACAGAGUCUCGCCCUGUCACCCAGGCUGGAGUGCAAUGGCACGAUCUUGGUUCACUGCAACCUCUACCUCCCGAGUUCAAGCGAUUCUCCUGCCUCAGCUUCCCGAGUUAGCUGGGGUUAUAGGCGCCCGCUACCACGCCCAGCAUGUCUGAAGAGGAUCUAGGUUGAGGCUCUAAGAAGAAUAAAACAUCAGUUUGAAAAGACCGCCUAUUAGAGAAACAUGAAUCCUGCUAAAAUUGAAGCAAGAAGAAACAUCAAACUUAUGGUGAAGUUUGGGUGGAAGAAUGGUGAAAUCACUGAUGCUUUACACAAAGUUUAUAGGCACAAUGCCCAAAGAAAUCAGCAGUUUACAAAUGGGUAACUCAUUUUUUUAAAUUCUUUUUUUUUUAAAUACUUUAAGUUCUAGGGUACAUGUGCACAACGUGCAGGUUUGUUACAUAUGUAUGCAUGCCGAUAGACUGUUUUUUCCCCAGACUCCCCUCCUCUACUUUCUCUCUGUUCCAGUGUCCCCUUUCCAAUGGGAUUAAGUCACGUACACAGGGUCUGCAGCAGAGACAGCACGCAGUGGGCCCUGGGUGUGCUGUUUGGAAGGGCUGUGGCAUAGAAGAGCCAAGCCUCAAGAUCAUGGGACAUUUGAACCUAUGACGUCAGAAUACAUCAACAGGUGUUUUGAUGUGAGUUUUCUUCCGGACCAUCACACUGUUGUACUCUUAUGUUUGCGCUCACCCAUGAUCAAUAGUCAUGGCGCUGUGAAGUCAGGACAGUAAACAGUGGCCCAUGGCUCUGUGUGGGGUGAGGGGCCGGCGUGCUGGCAGGAGGCCUUUAUGAUCCCAGGCAAGUCCUGACUGUGUCUGGCUGGCUGCUGCAGGACCUUUCACCAUGUUUACCUUUGCUCUGCUCCCCAGCGGACGAUGGUUGAUGUCGCAUUUCCAAACAGACUUCUACUUUGACCUCAUGCAGUGUGACGGUGAAUAGACAACAGAAUUGUAAGGCAAACACCUGUUUGUAAACAGAGAGAAGCCCAACCACCCUGGUCAAAAUGAAUGAGCCCAAGCCUAAAAUCAAUCAGAGUGUGGGCAAGAAGGUUGCCUUUUUAAAGGAAAAAUAAAACUUAGAGCCUGUUUUCCAUAAGCAUGUGCUUUCCAUAGCACAUUUAGCACUGUGAUAAAUGUAGGGUGUUCUUGUGAGGAGAUUUUAAGUAUGUGAAAGUUAAUUUAUUCCUGCAAUCUUCUCAUAUCCAAGCCUUAACAAAUGAGUUCUCACAAAGUUGAAAUCAUCACACUAUAUAUGUAAUCUUUUUUUCACUAUUAUGAUGGCUAAAAUUCCUCAACACAGAUUGUUUGCUACAAACUGGCAUGGGAUUUGUUUUAAUACUGCUUACUUUGUGUGUAUCGUAACGCUUAAAAACGAUUAAGAUUUGUAACUUUUCCUUUUCCUAAAUAUAAAGUUUUCCACCAAAACUACAAAAAAAUCCAUUAGUUUCCCUGCAUGGUAGUCAGUCUUUAUAAAACAGUCGCCAAGCCUUGCCUCCUGGUGUUCACACCCUUCCCAUAGCCCAUGUAACCAACAGGAGGCUGCAGAAGUGGUAAUGUACAACUUCCAAGGCUGAGUCACAAAAGACACUGAGCACUCCCCCAGCUCUCCCUUGCUUUGAGGAAGCUGGCCGCCAUGUUGUGAGAACACUCAAGCAGCCCUUCAGAGCCAACCAGCAUCAAUUUGCCAGCCAUGUAAGUUAACCUCCUUGGAAGCGGAUUUAAGACUCUGAUGGCUGUAGCCCUGGCUGACAUACUCACUGCAACCUCAUGAGAAACUGAGCCAGAACCACCCAAAUAAAACAUUCCCCAAUUCCCUAACCCUCAAAAGCUGCACGAUUGUAAAUGUUAACUGUUGCUAAUGACAUACUAAGUUUGAGGUAAUCUGUUACACAGCAAUAGAUAACUAAUGUUUUCUGUGUACAUAAAUAUCUAUAAAUGCUUAGGAAGGAUCUAGAAAGAUGCACAUGGGGAAUGUGGUGAACUUGGAAGAGGUGGAGUAGUAGCAAAGAAAUUAAUACUUUUGUCUGUAUCACUUUAAUUUUUCCUCCAAGUGCAUAUAUGUAUGUUUCAAUGAUAUAAUUAAAAAUAAAUUUAGGGGUUCACUGCAGUAGCAACCCCGGGUAAUCCUUGGAGCUGGCCUGAGAGACAAAGACAUGUGGAUCCCAGUGGCCGGAUUUCCUCCUCGGCUGAGGCUCUCCGCCUUGGGGGGCGCUGGUCACUUUUGCAUUUUAGGGUCUGGAGCGGCGACGCGAAAGCACUUGCCGGCGAGGAACCGCCGUGGCCUGUCUGACUCCUCUCCGCAGCUGUGGCCGGAUCCGGAUUUCAGGAACUCACCAAGGAGGUAAUAAACUCCAUCUUAGACUUUAAGCGUUACGUAACCAAUCGGAGAUUGGCUGAGACCCUGGCGCAAAUCGUAUGGAGAAAACAAAAUAGACCUCCACACCUAUUGCUGCAGUGCAGUCCAGGUCCUGGAAUCCUGACUCAGGCAUUACUUGAAGUUGGUGCCAAAGUGGUUGCCCUUGAAAGUGACAAAACUUUUAUUCCACAUUUGGAGUCCUUAGGAAAAAAUCUGGAUGGAAAACUACAAGUGAUUCACUGUGACUUCUUUAAAAUAGAUCCUAGAAGUGGUGGAGUAAUAAAACCACCCGCUAUGGCUUCUCAAGGGCUCUUUCAGAAUUUGGGAAUAGAAGCAGUUCCUUGGACAGCAGGCAGCCCUUUAAAAGUAACUAGAAUGUUCUCAAGUAGAGGUGAAAAAAGGGCCACUUUGGAAACCUGCAUAUGACGUAUUCCUGUACUUCUAGAUAUAAAUUUGGAUGAAUAGAACUAAAUAUGUUUAUUGGUAAAAAAGAAUUCCAGAAACUAACGGCAGAUCCCCGAAACCCAGACUUGUAUCAUGUAUGAAGUGUUAUCUGGCAAGUAGCUUGUGAGAUUAAGGUUCCGCACAUGGAGGCUUGGUCGUCAUUUGAUGUAUACACCCAAAAUGGGCGGCUGGAAAACCCAAAGCGUAGGGAAUUAUUGGAGCUAUUACAACAAAAUCUGUAUCUUACUCGAAUGACUCCUCAUGGAAAUUUAUUUACCGAGAACUUAACACCUAUUAACUGUAAUAUAUUUUUUCACAUGUGAAAGCACUGUUUCGGGAGGCGCAGUGGCAAUCUAAUAGACCACUUAGGUUCAUUGACUCCACUUGGUGCAAUGGAUAUAUUGAUGCAAAUAGGAAAAAAGGAAGAAGAGAAAAUAACUAACAUGUACCCUCAAGCCUUCAAAAAACUUUUUGAAACUAUAGUGUUCCAAAGAUUGUGCUUAUAAAUGGCUAUAUGAUGAAACCCUGGAAAAUAUGUAGCAACUAGACUGUCGUUUUUGGUGGAGCAGUUUAUUUAUUUGGAAACUAUGACAUGAAAACCAAAUUUGAAAGCUCACAUCCUUUCAGCAGAAGAUAACUGUUCUUGUUUUGCACAUGACACGUAGAUCAUUUCUCCUGAAGUUGAUAUCAUUGGCAUAUUGGAUGAAACAGUGGUUGCUAUUUUAUUCACAAUUGAAUAAGGUGAAAACUUCAAUUAAUUGUGGAUUUGAUCAGAUUGAAUUCCUUUUCAGAUUCCUAUUUAAAUAUUUCACUUUCACUGUUGCUGAUUUUUGCAUCUUCUUGAGGAGCAAGAGUCUGUACAUUAUUAAGCUUAGAAAGUAAACAAAACUGAUUUACUGAUUUGUUUUGCAUUUCAGUUUGUCGAAAUGUAUUGUCAAGUACUAUAGAAUGAAAUUGUUUAAAUUUUAAUAUGAUUUAAACUUUUUUAGAAAUUAAAAUAUUUUAAAUAAAAAUAAAUAAAUAAAUGUAAAGCCAAAGCUUGGAAGCAACGAAGAUGUCCUUCAGUAAGUGAAUGCAUAAAUAAACUGUAGUAUAUCUAGACAAUGGAAUAUUAUUCAGCAGUAAAAAGAAACACACUGUCAAGCCACAAAAAGACAUGGAGAACACUGAAGUGCAUAUGACUAAGUGAAAGAAGCCUGGAAAGGCUGUAUACUGUAUGAGUCUAACUAUGACAUUCUGGAUAAGGCAAAACUUGGAGAUAGGAAGAGCAGUAGUUGCCAUGGUUUAGGGUAGAGAGGGAUGAGUAGGCAGAGCACAGAGGUUUUAGGGCAGUGAAACUAUUCUGUAUGACACUGUAAUGGUGGAUACGUAACAUUAUUAAAACCCAUAGGAUGUGCAACACCGAGACUAAGCCUUGAUGUAAACUAUGGACUUUAGUUUAAAAUAACGUAUCCAGCUAGAAGAGCACAUUUUAAUGUUCCCAACACAAAGAAACGAUGAAUGUUUUAGGGGAUGGACAUACUUAAUUCCCCUGAUUUGAUCACUACACUUUGUGUACAUGAAUUGAAAUACCACACUGUACCCCAUAAAUAUGUACAAUUGUGUUUCAACUAAAAAUAAUAAUAAGGCUAGCCACAAUGGUUCACCCUUGUAGUCCUAGCACUUUGGGAGGCUGAGGCGAGAGGAUUGCCUUGAGGCCAAGAGUUCAAGACCAAUCUGACCAAUAUAGUGAGACCCUCGUCUCUAUAAAAAAAAAUUUUAAGCAAAAAGUUAAUUAAAUUUAAAAAAUAUAUGAUACAAAAGAAUGUAUCAAUGUCUCAUCAGCUGUAACAAACACAUUACAUUCAUAUUCAUUGUUAACAGAGCAAACAGUGAGCUUGGGUUGCUGAGGGGUGUAUGGGAAAGCUGUACCUUCCACUCAAUUUUUCUGUAAACCUAAAACUGCUCUAAAAAUAAAACAUAUUAAUUAUUUUUAAAAUAAAAUAAAAUUUAAAAAAUGACUACAGACAAAUAGACAAACAUAGAUAUCACAUCUCAUUUGCCAUUCAGGGCUUGCUGGAAUAGGAACUUUUCCGAGCUAGGUGGGAAGGCUGAUUCAUUUGUCACCCUUAUUUCUGCCCCCACCUUUUUUUUUCAGCCAGCAGAUGGGAUAAAAUUUCAAAAACCUUGACUUUGGAAUAAAGAACAUUCUAAAACCUGGGUCCCUUACAAGCGUGUAUUGUUAGAAACAGGCUCCCAAAAGCCAAACACAAGUUGAGAAUGGGCUCCCAGGAAGUGCUAAGAGGCUCUGGGGACCCAACAGAUGUGGAAGAACUCAGCCGUGAACCUCACUGCAUGGCUUUAGGCCACAAGACAGGCAGCUCCCACUGGAGCCACUGCCCCUGGCCUGGCAAGUCAAUCCCUUCGCCCAGAGGCCUAGUGUGCCCAGACAGUUCCUGGGACCAGCGCAUGCCACUUUCUGGGUCAGGUUCCCGACAUGCUGGGGUGAGCAGAGAGAUGAACAGGACUGUCCAGGGUCUGGGGAAUGGGGGCAGCCUGAAGAGGGGCUGGGUGGGACCAGGCUGGGCAGGGAUGAAGGCUGAGUCUGCUCCCGGGAGAUGGCUCCCCAACUGUGGUCCACGGUGGCACCCACAUGUGAUCUGUUGGGGGAGGAAGCCACACACACCAGGAGCAGUGCCUCUCACUCACUGAACAAACAUCACUCCAGGCCAAGCUCAGUGCUGGGGAGACAUAGGUGAACAAGCCUGGGUUCCAGGGAUCGGGAGCUUCUUCCGGUGGGGUUCAGAUUGUGUCAGAAUAAGCAACCACACAAGGGUGUAAGUAGCGUCCCAUGGCGACAACUGAUGUGAAAAAACCAAAGCAAGGGAAGGAGACCAGGAGGAUAGGCCUGGGGGAGGGGCCAGGUAGGAUGGGGGUCGGGAAAGGCUUGUAGGGCUGGAAAUGGGCGGUUGGCUAACGUGCCUUCCAGGGACUCCAAUCUCCCCAGAAGAGCACCAGGUCCUCCCUGAGGGCUACAGUGCAUCCGAAAAGCCCAGGGUCAGCCAGGUCUCGGUGCACAGAAUGCUUCAUGAGGACCAAGGCUUUAGUCGGUGGAUGAAGUGGCCGUCCCGUCUGUGCCAGUUUCAGUGCCUACCUAAAAAAGAAAAAUCAAAGCUUGCUGCCCAGUUUGCCCCA